AUGAUGGGCAUCUAUUCUCUCGUAUCCAGCUUGGCUGUAUUUCUAACGCCAACCCUGGCAUUUCAGGUGCUCACAACUUCCCAGAGAGGGCUACAUGGGCUGGCAAUGACAUCGGAUGCCUCUAGUGCCGGCCUUGACGUUACUGUGGUUGGUGGAUCGGGAUUUGUAGGAUCCAAAGUCUGCCAGUCCUUGAUCGAGAAGGGAGCAAAAGUCACCAGUGUCAGCAAGUCGGGAAAGAUACCUUCCUUUGCUUGGUGUGAUGAUUCCUGGACCAGUAAAGUCAACUGGGUGGCUACUGAUUUGGAGACCGCUGAUGAGAGCAGUAUCGCUACUGCCAUUGGUUCACCCCAGUGCAUUGUUUCGUGUCUGGGUGUAAUUGGAAACGAACCCGAAGCUCUCAAGAAGGGCAACGGCGAAACCAACUGUGCUGCUUUUGGCAGUGCUAAGAAAGGUGGCAAGCUGGAACGAGCUGUCUAUGUUUCCGUUAGUGCCGAAGUGGCAGCAUGCCAAGAGAACUGGCUUCCAGAGUUCUUUGGAGGUUACUUCGAAGGCAAGAAAAUGGCAGAACAAUGUGCGUUGGAUACUGUCGACGGCGAUUCUUCAAAAGUUUGUUUCGUCAAACCUACCUUUAUCUACGGUGGUGACGCAUUUGGAUUGCUUCCUCCUCGUGUAAACAAGGAAUACGGCUCCUUCAUUGAAGAGCUUCUUUCUCUAGGUGUGAUCAAGUUCUUUGCCGACAUUACACCCGGCCUCAUCAAGGUUGCUUUGCGUCCUCCGUCUUCAGUUGAUGCAGUUGCUGAUGCUUGCGUAUCCGCUGCCAUUGCUGGAUCUGCAUUGGGCAAGGAUUUGGAUGGUGCUGCUGCCAUCAAUGAAAUCACAAACCAACCAGCUGCAACUGGACUUACUGAUGCUAUCGAGUUUGCGGGCGAAAAGCUUGGCCAGGCCUAUGGGUGGGCCAAAGAAGAAGUUCCAAAGGCAGUUGCAAAGUUGGAAGAAAUGAGCAAGAAGUGA